GCCUGUUGCCUUGCGUGGCUGACAGUUUUGCUCUCUCCUUUAACACGAUAUAUUGGUCUCUUACCUUAUAAUAUUCAACCACGGGCUAACCACGGGCUAACUACAUUACAUUAACGGAUACUGAUCUACUUUGUAUAAUAAUAUACUCUUUCAAUUUGGAGCUUGUGAGGAAUCAGUUUAACAAAAAUUUCUAGAAAUGCAGUCCUCACCGUACAGAGAUCCACCGCCAUACCCAGGACAUUCUAAACAACUAUUACAGCCUGGUUUACGCCAAAGUUUUUCUGGUAGUGAAACAAGUACAGAUGUGUCACUUUCGUCGACAGAAAACUUAAGUACCUCUCAGAGACAAGAACCACAAGGAGAGGAAACACACACACAAGAAAUGUAUUAUGAUCUUAAAACAGCUCCAAGAUAUUCUAUGUUAGCUCAGCUUGGAAUGCAAAUACCAGUGGACAUAAAAGAUCUGAAUAACCAACCCAUUUUCGCCCCAACAACCCAGCAAAAUAUACCCAGUGUUUAUACGACACCCACAGCUCAAUAUUAUUCCGCAUCACUAACACCAACCGUUUCUUCUGGUGAAUGGCAAAACAGUCAAAUGGUAACGUGUACAGUGGCCGAUUCUCAGGUGAUUCCGAUGAACGCCACAGUAACGGUACCGACCACUGUUGCAUACACAACACAAUGCUGGUCUCAACACCACAUGGACCCACAAGUAUUACAAUAUCUUAGCAAUUUACCGCCGCCGCCAGAGUAUCCCAGAGCAAAAUCUGAGAGUGAUACCGUAAAGAAUGAUUUACGCCGUUCCUAUGAAAUGCUGGAGAAGGUUGAGCGCACAAGAUCUCAGCCAGAUCUUACAAGGUUUGAAUCUCAAUUUCGCCAAGCCAAUUCGAAUGUUUCGCACUUCUAUGUUGGAGAGAAAAGUCCUUUAACCAAAGAAAAUACAAACUCCGUUUUAGAAAGCCACAAAGAGGAGAUAACUCUGCAGUCAGACCAGCACCCAGCGUUAUUAUUGGCUCGUACCAAACAUAUUGUUGAAAUUCUUAACAAUGAGAACCGAUUCCUUAAAGAGAAACUGAAGACUAUGAGUGAGGAUCUCAAUCGAAGUAAAAAACGAGUUGUGACAUUACAAAAGUGUGAAGAUGAGAUCUCUAAAGUCACAGAAGAAUACCAAACCCUGGAACAGAAAUCCCGCAAAAUUCAACAAUGGGAAGCAGCUUACAGACGGAAAUUGGAAGAAGAAAACAAAAAAAUAGGGUCAGAGAACAAAUAUUACAAAGAACAAUUACAAGGUAUUGGAAAUGCUGCCAACCAAGAGAUGAGCGAGACAGACAUAAGAACAGAACUUCGGAAGAAGGAAGCCAUUAUUGCAAACCUGAUGUCAGUCAACAAAGAGCUGCAAAGUUCCAAAGAGUUGUUACAAGAAGAUGUCGUAAAAUCUCAUCAGAUGAUUGAACAACAACGAUCAGAGAUUGAAAUCUUGGACAAUGCUUUGACAAAUGCACAGAGUAACGUGGUCCGUUUAGAGGAAGAGUGUAAAAAGAAGCAGCUUUACAUGGAUCGCCUGGACCAGUUACAGAAGGCAUUUGUUUCACUACAGAUGGCCACAGAAAAACGAGAACAGAUGGAACAACAGCUGAGGAACAAACUCGAAAAAGAAUUAGGGCAGCUUCGAAUUUUUGAAAAGGUCAAUAACGAAACUGGUUCUCCCAAAACUAAUAAUGAGCAAGAUACCCAAUCAAGUGGGAAUAUUGAAGACCUGAAGAAGUUACUCCAAGAAAAAGAUACUCGGAUGUUACAACUGGAGGCAGAAGUAGCCAAAUGGGAACAGAGAUGUUUAACAGAAUCAACAAAGAACCAGCUUGCUUCCAAAUCCAGCGAUGGACACCAACAGUUAGAGAAAUAUCCUAAAGGUGUUUCAUUUGAAACUGAGAAAUUACUCGCAGAGUCCAAAUCUGAGAAACUGCGACAUAUGGAAGAGGCUUAUCAAGCAAAGAAGAAAAGCACAGAGUUAGAAGCAAGAGUGAAAGAACUACAAACGAGUUUGGUUGAGAAAGAAGCAAUGGUGAAGGCCUUGCAACGAUCGUCCCUUGGUCGUAGCAGUGGGGUACGCACCCUGCACUGUACACCUCUCUGCUCUAAUCUCAUCACAGCCACAAGUUCCUUGACCAGGCAGUCUCGGUGCAGUCACGUUGAAGAUUCAACUUUCAGAGAUUAUGGUCUGGCAAAACACACCAAAUCAGGCAGUGCUAAUGAUGUCGAUCUAAGUAAUUCCUAUGAACUUGACACGUCUUGUACAGACAAGCACAAUUCCUCAUCAGAGAGUGAUGGAAAGGAAGAUGCCGAACGCAAACUGUGGCAAGUGUGAACUUCGAUAAGAACAUCAAGAACAUUUUGUCCUGAUUGAACCUACUUUCACAUUUCUGCAAGUUUAUCUUGCUAAAUGAUGGCAGUGCUGAAUACUGCUCCUUUGGUAUUGGUGUGGAGUGUGAUGAUCCUUCCAGGAAUUUUACUCACACGCACGCACGCUCACACACACACACACAUAUAUAUACAUAUAUAAUUAUACAUACGGUUGUAUUUGCAAAUAUCUCUACUUGCAAAAUAACUUUGCAGACAUAUUAAAAAGACCUCAAUAACUAACAUCCAUUCAAUUUGAUAUAUAUAUAUAUAUAUAUAGAAGAGAAAGUACGUUGAGUAAAGUAAUAUUUGCAAAAAGCUGAUAUUUUACUAAUAUAAUUGCAGGUUACACUUCCAGUCCUUGCUUUUAUCAUAGUAUAGUUGUGAGUUAACAAACAACAUACAUCUAUGCACACCCAAGAUUCUACGCCACAUAAAUCAUUACAUAUAUAUAUAUAUAGAGAGAGAGAGAUUCAGAUGAAUAUGGUACUUAAGUUAAAGGCACCAGAAUUUGGUAUGGUAUUAUCCAUAUAAAUCAAAUGGGGUGAUUAUAAUCAAAAUAAGCAACAAGGAUAUCCAAGGUAGAGUAGUACAAUUGUUUCAUGCUACUUCAUUUUAUUAAACCCUUGUUGCUUAUUUUGAGUAUAUAUAUAAUGUACGUUUGCCAACUUACUACUACUUGUGGUAACUCAUUUGUAUUAGUUUCAGCUUCUGUUAUGUAUAUAUGUAUAUAUACACUCACACACACAUAUAUGUGUAUAUAUGAUUCAGUGUGUGUGUGUAUUUUAUUGUUGUGUGUGUUUAUGUGGAGUACCUACCGAAAGAAAAAGCAGUCGUAGUGUCAUUGAAGAUGUCUCUUGUAUUCCGUUGCAGGAUCAGCGGAAACAAACCCCACACACACACAAACAUUAACUCAAUCAAAUAAUGGAGAAAAUAAAACUCCAAGAGUUAUGUUUCUGUUAAUUUAUAUUCUAACCAUUUUAGCGUUUAUAUAUAUAUAUAUAUAUAU